AUGCCCAUACGAGUCAAGUCGCGGCCGACGCAGCUGGCGGAUGCCGACAGCAGGCUGCGAUCACCAUCUCCCUUUUUGGGUGGCGGUCUUCGAUCUGGCGGCCAGCUGCCGGACGACAUGCCUGACAUAGGCUUGGAGGACAGUUUCCGUGUCGUCAUCAAGAAACUGUCUCUCUACAUCGCCGACGCGGUCGUUCUGCCAUGCACCUUUGAGCAGCUGCGCACCACCUCGGCCGGGGACCGUCUCCGCACCCUCGUCACGCACCUCAGCAUCACGUGCGACAACCCGGCCAUUGUCAACGCCCUGCUGGCCCUCAAGUGGCACUACGGUGCGGCCGGUGGCGACCGCAGUUUGUGUGAGGCUCGCGCCAACGCCUGCGAGAUUGUCGCCUGGCGGUUCUUGACACACCUGAGCGAGCGCGAGGCCGUGGAUUUCUGUCUGUACGAGAUUCCAGGCACCAGCAAGGCGCCUGGUGGAGUUGCCGCUGCGUCUGCGGCCGCCAUUGGGGUCCAGGCCCCGAGUGGCAACGGCGAUGAAGAGGUUGGCAGCCAUGGUAGUCUGCCGCGGGUCAGCGGCGCCAUCGACGAGUCGUCGCCGCUGCUCGGCCGGAUCUGGACGUCAGCCACGUCGGACCACGACCGGGCGGCGAAACGGCGUUCUCGUCCUCGUGCUGGCAACCAGCGGUAUCAACUGUUGCAGUCCAUCUCCCGGCUCACCAUGUCGAUGCAUCACGAUCACCAUGAUAGCUCAGACUCGGACUGUGACAGCGAGGAUGGCGAAGACGGCGAGCAUCGUCACCAUCGCCACCGUGAUGGAGACGAUUGUGAUGACGAUGAGGAGGACCCGACGGCGCCCUUUGUUAAUCUCAACGCCCUCGAGAUUGCUGCCGUCGCCGACGCCAAGCGUUUCCUCAGCCAAAACGUGGUUCAGAAGAUUAUUACGGGCAUCUGGAACGGCGACAUUGUCUUCUGGGACCGCCUGGAAGUGGAUGCCGUCAAGAAACCCCGUUUCUACAACUCGCACACCGCCGAUCCGUUUGCCCGGCUGCGCGUGCCCAAGUACCUCAAGAUCUUCGAGGCCAUGUACUUCUUGGCGUUCCUGGCCAUCUUCUACCUGACCCUGCUGGAGCGCAACCCCUUCAAGGUCGGCCCCGCCGAAGUGCUCUUCUAUUUCUUCCUGGCCGCCUUUGCCUACGACGAGCUAAGCGAGUGGAUCGAUGCCGGCUCGCUGUUCUAUGUCUACGACUUUUGGAAUGUCUUUGACCUCAUCAUGAUCUGUAUCGGUUUCCUUUUUGUUGUUUUACGUAUGGCAACCCUUUUUCACCCCCUUCUGUUGUUCGCCCUUUAUGUUCGCCGCGCUGACUGUACAGGCACCAUCGGUCUAUCACGUAACAGCGAGUACCUCAUCGACCUGUCAUUUGACAUUCUCUCGCUUGAGGCACUCUUCAUGGUCCCGCGCAUCAGCUCGAUCCUCAGUCUGAGUCCCUACUGGGGUACCCUCAUCCCCUGCUUCAAGGAGAUGACCAAGGACUUUGUCAAGUUCAUGGUCCUCGUUGUCAUCAUCUACCUCGGCUUUCUGACCACCUUCUCGCUCCUCGGCCGUACCCUCUUCACGCUGCCGCAUAUGACGAUGGUUCUCACCAAGAUUUUCUUUGGGUCCAGCUACGUCGGCUUCGACAUCAUGGACGACAUCGACCCCGUCUUUGGUCCGCCGCUCAUGCUCGUCUUCGUGACCCUCAGCUCCAUUCUGCUCAUGGGCUCCCUCACGGGUAUGCUGAGCAACAGCUUCAGCCGCGUCAUGGGCCACGCCCGCGAGGAGUAUCUGUACGUGUACUCCAUCUACGUCCUCGAGGCCUCCACCAGCAACCGUCUCACCCACUUUUAUCCGCCCUUCAACCUCAUCGCCCUCGUCAUCUUCCGGCCGCUGCGUCUCUUCUUGCCGUCCGACCACAAGUUCCGCGCUGCCCGCAUCGCCCUCCUCAAGGCCACGCAUCUGCCCAUUGUCGGCACCAUCCAGCUCUAUGAGCUCGUUCGCGGCAAGAUCCAAGACGCCAGCGACGAGUACUCUGCCAUCCACGGUCCACCGGGUCGCCAACAAACGCCUGCCAACUUUGGAGCCAGAACACACCAAGGCGGUGGUGGUGGUAGUGCUUCAGGCAGGAGUGGUGCCACGUCGUCGGUUACUGCGGGCGCAUUGGUGACUCCUAAGAAGACGCUUGUUCGCCCACCGCUCGGCCAGCGGCCGUCGUCGUCGUCGUUCCGCCACCAGCAACAACGACAACAGGACACUGGAUCACCUGCACGACCCCUGAGCACAUCCGAAUACGUGCCGCGUCUCGCGCAGUCUCGUGAGGGUUUGGUGACGGCGGGUGCAGCAGCAGCGACCGCUGAUGAAGACACUGCGAUCGAUGUGCCGACGGACGUCGAGGUCCGCAUCGCCGAACUGUCGAGCAAGAUUGACAAGCUGACGGAGCUGGUUCUGCAGAUGCAGAUGGCGCAGAACAGCAGUGCGAAGUAG